UUCCCACCGGGGCAGCGCGAGCGGGGCAACCAGAGCCACGCGGCGGGGCUGGUUGGUGAUGACGUUACACCCCCCCAUCCCGCGCGAGGCCCCCCAGCAACUACAGCUCCCAGGCGCACGCGCGAGGCCGGCGCUCGUUGGCUGGCGGCUCCGUGACGUCACGUGUUUUGGCUCGACCAGGUCACAUGUCGCUCGGGGGGCUCCUUUGUUGUGAGUCGCGCAGGAGCGCGGGGACGGGGGCAGGUAAGUGCGCGCUGGGUCACCACCCCGCGGGGCGCUGUGGCCGGAGGUCUCCUCUCCGCGGCUCCGUUCCGCUGGGCUGUGCAGGGCGCGCCGCGACCAGUGCCGGAGGAGCCCGUGGACUCGCCCGGGGCCGGGCUCCGUGUGCCUACAGCGGGGGCAGUAACGGUCCCCGCCGCCCCCAGCUUGGGCUGCACCAAGCCGCUGUGGGGAGACACCGACAGUUCCGGACCCCCCCGCCAUUUCUUAACUGGUCCAGUCCUUCCUUGCUGCCCCGGCCUGACAACAAUGUUUAUGGGCGGGGCUGCCUCCGUGGCGAUUGGCUCCGAACGCGCGGGUGGGCGGGACUUGAGCCGCGUAGUCUCCUCGUUGAUUGGGCGAGUUAUGCCGAGGGAGAGGGGGCGCGGCUGAGGCUGCCCCGGGUGAAGGUGAGCUGGAGGACGCGCGCAUGCGCUUGGGGCGGCCGUGUCAGUUAAUGCCGAGCUGGGGCCGUGGGCUGGGUGCGCAUGCGCAUUCCCGCUCGCUCCUGUCCCCUCUGCCAGCUGGCGCGGGGGGAGGGGCGCUGCAGGCCCCCCGGGCGUGGGCGGGAUCCGGAGAGCGCCCCGCAGAUGCGGGCUGUCUAGGGCCCUUGGCUGUGCCGUGACACUCCGGGAGGUGCGGUGUCCUGUCCUUAGCCAGGCCUGAGGAGCUGACUGCACGAGGGAGGCUUUCUAAAGCAGCUGGAGACCUGGUUGAGGUCCCUCUGUGCCUCGCCUAUUUUUGCUUAGCUGGUUUCAGGGAAUCCCAGGCGGGCCCCUGUAAAAGUACAGCUCCGCCCUUGCACCCUGCAUUGUUUGGGUCAGGUCUCUGGUGGUCCUUCACAGCCUAGAGAGGUCCUUAGCCCCGUUAUCCUGAAGUCUGGCAGAAGGUGGGGCGGACUUGCACCUUGUAGACCAGGAGUGGGCAAAAUACAGACUGGAUCCAGCCCACAGGGCCAUAUUUUGCCAGCCGUUUUGCAAGGAGUCCAGUGACUUAAGUGGUACUGUUCAUCCUUAGCACUGCAAAGAAGACACUUGGCAAUCUUUUCUCAAUGAUUCUAUAACCAAUUGAUGUAACAAUGGUACUAAUACUGGGACGCAGACUGAAUAGAGAGGAUAGUGGGAUCCGUGAUUCCCCUGCAUCCAAGAGGAAAGUUUUUGAAAUGGACCCCAAGUCCUUAUCGGGCCCUGAGUUCUUUGACUUCUCUUCAGGAUCGUCCCAUGCUGAAAGCAUACUCCAGAUCUUCAAUGAGUUUCGUGACAGCCGCUUGUUCACAGAUGUGAUUAUCUGUGUGGAAGGGAGAGAGUUUCCCUGCCAUCGAGCUGUUCUUUCAGCCUGCAGUAGCUACUUCAGAGCUAUGUUUUGCAAUGAUCAUAGAGAAAGCAGAGAGAUGUUGGUUGAGAUCAAUGGCAUUUUUGCUGAAGCAAUGGAUUGCUUUCUGCAGUAUGUGUACACUGGAAAGGUGAAAAUCACUACAGAAAAUGUGCAGUACCUCUUUGAAACAUCAAGUCUUUUUCAGAUUAGUGUUCUGCGUGAUGCCUGUGCCAAGUUUCUGGAGGAGCAACUGGACCCUUGUAACUGCCUGGGAAUCCAGCGGUUUGCUGAUACGCACUCACUCAAGACACUGUUUACCAAAUGCAGGACCUUUGCACUGCAAACAUUUGAGGAUGUGUCUCAGCAUGAAGAAUUUCUUGAGCUUGGGAAAGAUGAGCUUAUUGACUACAUUUGCAGUGAUGAACUGGUGAUCGGUAAAGAAGAGAUGGUAUUUGAAGCAGUCAUGCGCUGGGUUUACCGUGCAGUUGAGCUGCGAAGGCCAGUGUUACAUGAACUUCUGACACAUGUGAGACUCCCUUUAUUACACCCUAACUACUUUGUUCAGACAGUGGAAGUAGACCAACUGAUUCAGAAUUCUCCAGAGUGUUAUCAGCUGCUGCAUGAAGCAAGGAGAUACCAUAUACUUGGUAAUGAAAUGAUGUCCCCAAGAACUAGGCCACGCAGAUCAACUGGUUAUUCUGAAGUAAUAGUUGUAGUUGGAGGCUGCGAACGAGUUGGGGGUUUUAAUCUGCCAUAUACUGAAUGCUAUGAUCCUGUGACAGGAGAGUGGAAAUCGCUGGCUAAACUCCCAGAAUUUACAAAGUCUGAAUAUGCAGUAUGUGCUCUGCGGAAUGAUAUCCUAGUUUCAGGUGGAAGAAUAAACAGCCGGGAUGUCUGGAUUUAUAACUCUCAGCUUAACAUUUGGAUCAGAGUUGCCUCCCUAAAUAAAGGCAGAUGGAGACACAAAAUGGCUGUCCUUCUUGGUAAAGUAUAUGUAGUUGGAGGCUAUGAUGGGCAAAGCCGACUCAGCAGUGUAGAAUGUUAUGAUUCAUUUUCUAAUCGAUGGACAGAGGUGGCUCCACUGAAGGAAGCUGUGAGUUCUCCAGCAGUGGCCAGCUGCGUGGGCAAGUUAUUUGUGAUUGGUGGUGGUCCUGAUGACAAUACCUGCUCUGACAAGGUUCAGUCCUAUGAUCCUGAUACCAAUUCUUGGUUGCUCCGUGCAACUAUCCCAAUUGCAAAGAGAUGUAUAACAGCUGUAUCUCUAAACAAUUUGAUCUAUGUUGCGGGGGGGCUUACCAAGGCAAUAUACUGCUAUGAUCCAGUUGAGGAUUAUUGGAUGCAUGUGCAGAACACAUUCAGCAGACAGGAAAAUUGUGGCAUGUCUGUAUGUAAUGGCAAAAUCUAUAUCCUUGGUGGAAGACGAGAAAAUGGAGAAGCCACAGACACCAUUCUCUGUUAUGAUCCUGCAACAGGCAUUAUCACAGGAGUAGCAGCCAUGCCCAGGCCAGUAUCAUAUCAUGGCUGUGUGACGAUUCACAGAUAUAAUGAAAAGGGCUUUAAACUGUAAAGGUUGUGUGAAAGAUUCCAGUGACCUGAUACAAGACAAGAUUUUUAAAGAUUACUAAAACAGGAAACUGACCUUUCCUUAAAGAUCAUGGGAAAAUAAAUUCCUGGUGCCUCUUCGAGAAGGAGAUUAAACAUGCAUAAAUUUAACCAAUUAAUGCUUAAAAGGAAAAAAACUAUGUAAUAACUACAAUGCAGUCAUUUCUGGUCUGCAUUUUGAUCUGACAGCAGUGUUAAAUAUUGUAUUAAUUUUAGAUUGUACCACUUUCUGUGUAAUCAAUAAUUUACAAUGCUGGAUAUGUUGUUGGGAAAGUGCCUUCACAAAUAUUUGUGGCUGUAAGGAAUGAUGUCUGCAUUUGCAAUCUAUUAAUAGAAACCAUUUAAUCGUGUAAACCUUCAAAGAAUUAUUUAAUUGUAAAGUGUGCAUAUCAUUCUGAUUUGAUAAGUACUACAUUCUUUUUACAAAACAAAUUGCUUGCCUUACCAAAAUGAUGAUGAUAUUUCAGGAUCACCCACUACUUGGGACUUUUUUUUUUUUUAACUUAGUGCUUUAUAGGAAAAAAAUGUUUAAAAUCCUUGAGAAAUAUUCUUUGUUAGUGGACGAUGGAGAACCAAGAUUUGUUUGUCAGUUUGUUUGCUGAGCUACUGCAAAAUAUUGCAGUAGCUCUUGCUUUCUUAUCACUAUGGACCUUAAUCAUAGGUUGCUAAGAAUUUAUUCGAAGUCCUACAAAUACAGCACAAUAUACAUACUGAGAAACUAAUGAUCCAGAGUGUAUACCUGUAUUUGUGAAGCAAUUUUGUGUCUUCCCUUAAUUGUACAGAUGAAAUCUAAUGGUUCCUAGUUUAAUUUUUUUUACUAACAUAAGGUACUUUUCAGCUGCUCAGUGAAUAGGGACCAGUAGUUGAGGGGUACUUCUAUCUCUCCAGAUUCCAUCAUAUGAACUAUCUGGUGAUAAAAUCAGGGGCUACAGGCCUAACUCCAUAGCUUUUAUAAACUGGGCUUUGGGGUAUCCCAUUAUGCAAAGGUCAGAUGUACUUGCUAACUGUGUUUAGGUCUUUUUCAGACAAUCAUUUCUCCCCCUCUCCUCCCAGAAUGGUUAAGUUUUUUGUAUAACCCUACAAGAGCUAUUUCUCCAGACAGUUGCCAAAGAACCCAUCCAUUUAGCCACAUGAAAACUUUCACAUAGCAUGUUUCACUAAGGCUAAGGACAAAUAUUGCAUUUGUCCUGGCACAAGUUGUGCCUUUUUUGUCAUGGAACAGAAAAAUCCCAAAACUAAUGCAUACAGACUGCCCUUCCAAUCAGGGUUUAAUGAGCAGCUGAAUGCACUGCUGCUUUUCUACCUCCAAUGGAGUCGAUAGAAUCCUGAGACAACCGUUCAGACUUACUUUGUAAUGUUCUGGGACAAACAGUUAGCACUUCUUAGAUUGUGAACCUUUUUAGUGGUUGUCCUAGGGCAGUGAACAUGGAUGUCUGAAUAAGUUCACUUUGUCCUCUGAUUUAAAAUGGCUUUCUCCCACAACAGAUGCAACUUCUGUUUUGUACCCUAAUUUAAUUUUUGAGCAUUAGUGACUUUCAAAGUAUUGCCCCACAUUUUGGCCCAGUGCUUUUCAGUUAACUCUUGCUGAAGUUCUUCCUCCCAUUC